GCCGGGGCCCCGCGCUCGGAGCCGCCCGGCAGGAUGCUCCCGUCGCAGGAGGCCUCCAAGCUGUACCAUGACAACUACAUGCGGAACUCGCGGGCCAUCGGCGUGCUCUGGGCCAUCUUCACCAUCUGCUUCGCCAUCAUCAACGUGGUGGUCUUCAUCCAGCCCUACUGGAUCGGCGACAGCGUCAGCACGCCCAAGCCGGGCUACUUCGGCCUCUUCCACUACUGCGUGGGCAACGAGGGCAACAACCGCGAGCUCACCUGCCACGGCUCCUUCGCCGACUUCCGCAGCAUCCCCUCGGGCGCCUUCAAGGCGGCCUCCUUCUUCGUGCUGCUCUCCAUGGUGCUGAUCCUGGGCUGCAUCACUUGCUUCGCCCUCUUCUUCUUUUGCAACACAGCCACGGUCUACAAGAUCUGUGCCUGGAUGCAGCUACUGGCAGCUCUCUGCCUGGUGCUGGGCUGCAUGAUAUUCCCAGAUGGUUGGGAUUCAGAGACCGUCAGGGACAUGUGUGGGGAGAAGACGGGGAAAUACUCGCUGGGCGACUGCUCUGUGCGCUGGGCUUACAUCCUAGCCAUCAUCGGCAUCUUGAAUGCCCUCAUCCUCUCCUUCCUGGCCUUUGUCCUCGGCAACCGGCAGAACGACCUGCUUCACGAGGAGCUGAAAACAGAGAACAAAGAUUUUGUUGGCACUGCGAGGAUAUAAUGUAGAAGAGGCAGGUGGGCCCCACUCUAAAUUGGUACCUGGACUGGACUCUCUCAUCCUGCCCUGCCCACCUCCCUCACUGCCUUUCCUUUUCUGCUGCCAACCGGGGAAAACCACCUGACCCCAAAGUUGCAGAAUUUGCGGACCUUACCUGCGCGCCACUUCCGGAGACGCAUCCAUCCCUCAUGAUUCGCCGGCUUUGGCUCCUGCCCCCUCUGCUGACUGAUGGACAGAAGAUUGACGCAGAUAAUCCUACCCACCUUAAACGUACCGCUAUGGGGGAAAGGAAACAUGCACACUCCUGUUUUGCGCUGAAAAGGAACGACAUCCCUGGAAUUUUAAACAUGUUCUUUCCAACGGGAUUCCAAGCUUUCCAGGAAAAGCUUCCAGUAUUCCCCACCUCCCACCCUUCUUCCCAAGAGCUGGUGCCCAAAUGCUACUGCUGCCACAGACUAUGCCAGGGCCAUCUCUUUGCCGCCUCUUUCCCCAUUUUUAACCUUUCAGCAACUUUGACCAUCCUUCUGCCCAUCCAGGGCUACCCAGCACCUGAGACUGGCCCAUUUGAUACUUUUGUGUGUAAAUUAAAUCGUCUCUGAACAGGGUACGGUGAGCCCGAAUCCCCUUCCCCGUGGGGAUUUCAGCCACCAGAACUUUGCAUUCUCCACUCAUUCUGCCCAGGUAAUGGAGCCGUACCUUGAAGCAUCCAGAGAAAGGGAAGGGGGAGGGCCCCGGCCAUGUGGCUUUUCUCUGCUCGCCGUUGGGGUGCUACACAAUCUCAGCCUGCAGGGUGAUUCCUCUAACACUGAAUGUAAGCCUCGGCCAGGCCCCACGAGUGUGACGAGAGCAAGCAGAGGAAGGAGCCCGGCCUGAGGCAAUGGUGGGAGCCAGACCUUCUUCUGGCCUGCUGGCGGGGCUAAUGCCGUGCUAGGCCGUGGCCACAGCUCAGUUCCGAGGCUCGUGCCAAAAACCAUUUCCCUCAGAUGUGUGGUGCUUCUUCUCCUUGAGCGGAAGCAACAUUGCAACAUGGGGAAACAUGGGUGAAGGCAGGAAACAGGACAGAAUAGGAUUCACCUCCACUUCUUGGGAUACAGCCUUCUAGGCAAGCAAGGGGAUGUGGGCCUUGUGGGUGCCCUCCCUCCUUCUGCCAGAAUUUGCUUUCUUGGUAUCCUGAGUUGUGGGCUAAGUGUCAUGAGAGACAAAUGUCAGCAAAGGACCUAUUCCGCCCCCCCCCCGAACUGUCCCUCCACCCCCAUUCGCACUCCCACACUCUCAAUAAGCCUGAGAACUGGGGCAGAAAGGCGUUGUCCCAAACGUUUGGACAAGUGGGCCCCCUCCAGACAGCACUGCAGCAGCUAUGCCAGCCCCCACAGUUUGAUCAGAUUAUGGAGACAGUUCCACAGGGGCAACCAUUUUGCCUCGCCCAGUACAACUAUCCAAGGCUAGAAAUGCGUCGCUGCCACCGCCACUUAAAUCAAAACUAGGCUUCAGGCCAGAAGUAGGCUUCAAGCCACCUACCAGUUGAAUCGGAAGUAGGCUUUGUACCAGAGAGUUUCAGACUGAACAAAGUGGUGUAACGUGGCACGGUGGAUACAGACACCAGUUCAGCCUGUGCAAAGCCAACCCCCUCUUCCUUUCUCACAGCUCCCACCAGCAGCAGCUAUUGACAUUAUAAAGCCAGGGUGACCAUAAAGCAAGCAACAGCCCCAGGAACACCUUUCCUCUCAGCUGAAGAGGACCAAGGGCCUGAAAACGCAGAGAGAAUCUACUUCAGAGACAGGCGUAGCCAGAAAGGGGUGGUGGAGGAGGAGGAGGAGGAGGAGAAGAAAGGGAGGCCAGAUAACAGAAAGAGAAGCCAGAAGGGAAAGCAGAGACAGCCUAAGACAUUUUGGUGCCGGAGACAGAAAAUCCAAAUGGCAUCCUGCAUGGUAGUAAAAAUAUAAACUGAAUAGUUGACAAUUACCUGCCCUUUAACGGGACUCCAAAAUCCAUUGCUUGAGGGUGCUUGCCCCAUCCUUCCUAACGGUAGGGCUGAUCUUGAGAACUGGGCCAAAAGCCUGAACCGCCAAAUGAGGGGAGUCCAUGGGCCAAACCAACAAGGCAUACUUUAGCAUUAAGGGCCAAAAACCAUACUAUAGCAUUAAGGACUGGGGGUUACAACAGAAGGCAGAGAUCACCCACCAUAUAGUAGUAGCUGA